AUGAUGAGGGUAGGAGUGUUUUGUGGGGAACUAGGUUUUCGUACCCCUCCUCCUCCCACUCUCUAUUUAUCUCAUGGCAAAGAUUCUACACUUUCAUAUACACAUAAACAUCCUUCUCCUCCUAUAUCUCCAAACUAUGCUACUUACAACAAACCAUUUGUUGCUUCUGCUUCUUCAGCUCCAUCACUUAGCGGUUCAGGAGCUGAAUAUUCCGAACAGUUGGUGGACGUGGGAGCCAAAAAGAAAAAGAAAGGGAUAGCAGGCAUAGAUCAGGGGGAAUUAAUGGAUCCAAAGCUUUUGGCUGAUCUAGACAGUUGUUUUUGUGAGUUCAAUGGAGUGCAUAUACACCACAAGAUAUGUGAUGCGGAAUCCCAAACACAAAGCACGUUCCAGAGUCAGACUGUUUCUCAUCAAAUCAAGAAGCUAGGCUAUCCUAUGAUCCUCUUGCAUGGGUUUGGAGCUUCAGUUUUCUCAUGGAAACACGUUAUGAAGCCUUUGGCAGAGGUUGCUGGUUCAAAAGUUCUUGCUUUUGAUAGGCCAGCCUUCGGAUUGACAUCAAGGGUAAAUUUAUCUAAGCAUCCUUCUGCUGAAACGGAAGACACAAAACCUUUAAAUGCAUACUCAAUGGCAUUUUCCGUGCUUGCUACCCUGCACUUCAUUAAAUUGUUAAAUGCUGAGAAGGUGAUUCUAAUGGGGCACUCAGCUGGUUCACUUGUAGCAGUUAAUACAUAUUUUGAAGCUCCUGAGCGUGUUGCGGCUCUGAUCCUAGUUGCCCCAGCAAUUUUUGCCCCACUUACUACACCAAAAGUUGUAAAAGGAAAUCAAUCAAGGCAUGAUAACCAAACGAAAGAAGAAGACAGUUCUAUCAGAAAAAAUCCAAUUUUGGGGCUUUACGAGAUGUUGUCCAAGAUUGCCAAGUACAUUGCAGAGGCAAUAACACAGAUGAUGAAGUGGACAAUAGAUAUCCUCAACUCCUUGUAUAGGAAAUUGUUAUCAGCUAUCCUUCGUUCUUCCCUAGCAAUAAUGCUGGUAAGAAUGGUAAUUGAUAAGUUUGGUACUGCUGCAGUUCGAAAUGCAUGGUAUGACCCAAAGCAGGUCUCUGAGCAUGUACUUAGUGGUUAUACAAGGCCUUUAAGGGCUAAGGAUUGGGAUAGGGCACUGGUGGAAUACACUGCAGCAAUGCUUCUGGAUGAGGAAUAUAAAACCAAGACACCACUUUCUAAAAGGCUUCACGAAAUAUCAUGUCCUGUUCUGAUUGUAACUGGUGAUACUGACCGACUAGUCCCUUCAUGGAAUGCUGAGAGACUUUCACGAGUUAUACCAGGAGCAUCAUUCAAAGUAAUUAAGCAAUGUGGCCAUCUUCCCCAUGAAGAAAAAGUGGAGGAAUUCAUUUCAAUUGUUGAAAACUUCCUAAGAAGUUUAGUGGGUGAUUCAAACGAACAAUGUCUACAACAAGCUAUUUGA